GCAGGACGAGUGUGUUUGCUGGGCGUGGGCUAACGGUUACGGGCGCUAGCCGGCUCCGUGCGGCCCGCUUGCGCUGUCGCGUCCAAAGAGUGGGCGCCACGCCGGCCUUUCCGUGGGGGCAGCCUGUACAUUGUGAUUGCGCCUUUCCCCGUGCCGGGCGAAGUGAGGAGGCGGUGGCCAGGCCCGAGGAGGAGGAGGAGGGAGGGGACGGAGCGUGACAGCCCUGGGCGCCGCCCCCUCGGCGCCGCAGGUCCGCGGCCCGGCGACCCGGAGGCACUGGGGUCGGGCCGCGGGGAAGACGGCGAGCGUGCCCCUCCUUGGAGAGAGCGGAGCCACCUGGGCCGACGGCGCUUUGGGGAUCCCCUGCAAGGCAGGAAGGAGGGCGGGACGGGGACAGCGAGCCCGAGGUGGACCCGCUCGUGUCUCUCCUAGUUAGAAAUAGUCCUUGGAGAAGAUGGAAGGGGAGAAGCGGCCGGCGCCCUACGAGGGCCUGUUUGCGGACGGGCACCUGGUCCUGUGGACGCUAUGCUCGGUGCUGCUGCCAGUGUUCAUCACCUUCUGGUGCAGCCUCCAGCGGUCGCGCCGGCAGCUGCACCGCAGGGACAUCUUCCGCAAGAGCAAGCAUGGGUGGCGCGACACGGACCUGUUCAGCCAUCCCACCUACUGCUGCGUGUGCGCGCAGCACAUCCUGCAGGGCGCCUUCUGCGACUGCUGCGGGCUGCGCGUGGACGAGGGCUGCCUCAAGAAGGCCGACAAGCGCUUCCACUGCAAGGAGAUCAUGCUCAAGAAUGACAGCAAGGCCCUGGACGCCAUGCACCACCACUGGAUCCGGGGCAACGUGCCCCUGUGCAGUAACUGUGUGGUUUGCAAGCAGCAAUGCGGCAGUCAACCCAAGCUCUGCGAUUACAGGUGCAUUUGGUGUCAGAAAACAGUACAUGAUGAGUGUAUGAAAAAUAGCUUAAAGAAUGAACAGUGUGAUUUUGGAGAAUUCAAAAACCUCAUCAUUCCACCAAGUUAUUUAACCUCCAUUAAUCAGAUGCGUAAAGACAAAAAAACAGAUUAUGCAAUGCUAGCAUCUAAGCUUGGAAAGCAGUGGACUCCAUUAAUAAUCCUGGCCAACUCUCGCAGUGGAACUAAUAUGGGAGAAGGACUGCUGGGAGAAUUCAGGAUCCUCCUAAAUCCCGUCCAGGUUUUUGAUGUUACUAAAACUCCCCCUGUCAAAGCCCUGCAACUUUGUACUCUUCUUCCCCAUUACUCAGCUCGAGUCCUUGUUUGUGGAGGGGAUGGGACUGUGGGCUGGGUCCUGGAUGCAGUUGAUGAAAUGAAGAUUAAGGGACAAGAGAAAUACAUUCCACAAGUUGCAGUCUUGCCUCUGGGAACAGGCAACGAUCUAUCUAAUACCUUGGGUUGGGGUACAGGCUAUGCAGGAGAAAUCCCAGUCGCACAAGUCUUAAGAAACGUGAUGGAAGCAGAUGGAGUUAAACUAGAUAGAUGGAAAGUUCAAGUAACAAAUAAAGGAUACUACAACUUAAGAAAACUCAAGGAAUUCACAAUGAACAACUAUUUUUCUGUUGGACCUGAUGCUCUUAUGGCCCUCAAUUUUCACGCUCAUCGUGAGAAGGCACCAUCUCUGUUUUCUAGCAGAAUUCUUAAUAAGGCUGUUUACUUAUUUUAUGGAACCAAAGAUUGUUUAGUGCAAGAAUGUAAAGAUUUGAAUAAAAAAGUUGAGCUAGAGCUGGAUGGUGAGCGAGUAGAACUGCCGAAUUUGGAAGGUAUUAUCGUUCUGAACAUUGGCUACUGGGGCGGUGGCUGCAGACUGUGGGAAGGGAUGGGAGAUGAGACUUACCCUCUAGCCAGGCAUGAUGAUGGUUUACUGGAGGUUGUUGGAGUGUUUGGGUCUUUCCACUGUGCUCAGAUUCAAGUGAAGCUGGCAAAUCCUUUUCGAAUAGGACAGGCACAUACAGUGCGGCUGAUCUUGAAGUGCUCGAUGAUGCCAAUGCAGGUAGAUGGGGAGCCAUGGGCCCAGGGGCCCUGCACUGUCACCAUAACCCACAAGACACACGCGCUGAUGUUAUAUUUCUCUGGAGAACAAACAGAUGACGACAUCUCUAGUACUUCAGAUCCAGAGGACACAAAGGAAACUGAGUAGGUGGAGGAGGAAAAGAGAACUUAGUGUAGAAUCCUCACAAAUGAGUAGAUACACGUUCAUCGAAAAUAGAACUCUGUCAACUGGUUUAGUCUUCAUUUCAUCAGUAGUGUAAUGGGUAUACAUUUAUGUAAAUAGCAUUCCAAAAACAGCCAGAGCUCCGGUUGCUUCUAAACGCCUGGUCUUUUUUCAGCAAACUCUUUGACCAUGUAGCACUAACUAAAAGUCCCAGGACAUUCCCUGAAGGCUCUGUGUUUGAGAGUUGGCUCGCUGAAGUGUGCGCUCGUUCCGUAUUCUUGAGCCACACAGUUGACGGACACAUACAUGCACCAAGAUGUGGGUGGGAAAAUCAUUUCCAUCUUAAAUUUUACUGUGGUGACACCGUAACGUUUUAAAAAUUACUUGC